ACAUGGGAAGCCAGACGGCCGGAAGAGGAGGAGGAGGAGGUGGCAGAGGAGCAGCAAGACGUCUCCGUGGAGGACACGUGAAGGGAGAUGCUUCCAAGAUGUUGUGGAACACCGUCCGAUUCAUGUCUUGGUCCUUGGUGUUGGUCCUGGUGGACGCUCAGUACUCCCACACAGCUCUGUUUCCGUUGGCGUUGAGGACGAAGCGAGAGACGCCCCGGCUGGUGGACCCGUCCUUCCAGCGCUCCGUGGACGACGUCAAGCUGCUCUUUGAGAUCUUGCUGAGCGGAAUGGAGAUCGGAGGCGAGGACGACGCCCUCCUCAUCCCGGAUCCCGAGCUAGCCUCCCUCGGGAACGUGAGGUCGCUCCAGGUCAUAUGCCAAGACGUCCUCCCCAAGCGGCUUUCCCAAAUCAAACGUCUCAUAGCCGAGUUGGACGCACGCUCCCGUCCUCUGAACCGACGGGACUUCGAAAGAACCGUACUGACCCUGGUGUUCGCCGCCCAGACCCUCGCCGAGGCCUCGGAGCCGCAGCGGAAGGAGGCGUGGGCCAGCGCCGUCGUCCGGCUUUUCGGGGCCGUCAGGAAGGACCUCGGCCUAAAGUAGUCCCAGCCUUUCCGGAUUAUGUUGAUCGUCAACAGGAAAUGCUGCCAUAUUGAAUUUGGAAGUCCCAUUCCCAAAACCGUCCCGCUCAUAAAAUUGUCCUAAAUAUGGAAUUACGGCUUUUUGUGGCACAUGAACAAAAAUAAUGCUAGCUUUUCAUUUCCAUAUUUGCAGUUUGUCGUCAUAGUAACAACAGACGUAAUACUUUAUUAAUACUUUAUUCAUCCAAAAAAUAACAUAUGUGCAGAAAAAUACAAAAUAUUCAUUUUCUACCGCUUUUCCUCACAAGGGUCGCUGGAGCCUAUCCCAGCUGUCUUCGGGCGUAAGGUGGGGUACACCCUGGACUGGUGGCCAGCCAAUCACAGGGCACAUAUAGACAAACAACCAUUCACACUCACAUUCAUACCUAUGGACAUUUUGGAGUGGCUAAUUAACCUAGCAUGUUUUUGGAAUGUGGGAGGAAACCGGAGUACCCGGAGAAAACCCACGCAUGCACGGGGAGAACAUGCAAACUCCACACAGAGAUGCCCGAGGGUGGGAUUGAACCCUGGUCUCCUAGCUGUGAGGUCUGCGCGCUAACCCCUAGACCACCGUGCCGCCCACAAAAUAUGCAUUUUUUUCCAAAAUAUGCUAAUUUUCUUUCAAUUAAAAAAUACAUUUUAGGCCAUUUGUUUAGAGUAAAACACAAAAUAUUCAAACUUUUUUCAGUCGGUAACAGAAGAUAUGCCUAUUGUCAUUUUUUUCCGUGUGGGAAAUACACAAGCAGCGUAAGAAAACUGCUGAAAGUAACUGUUAUUAAUAUACAAAUAUAAAUAUUAACUGCUGAAAAUCUGCACUCAUCCAAAAGUGUC